CUGCAAGUUCCUCACCAAGACCUUCCAGCCCUGCGGCAGAUUCGACAUUUAUCAGCGUGAAGAGGGAGCCGAGCACGGAAGAACCCAGCAGCCCUCUCGAGGCAACGAGUCCUGCUUCCAUCCUGCGCAACAACAACGCGAUGGAUCACGUGAAAAGCCAGGGGACCACAGACCCACUGAAAAUCGGCGGAAAAGGCCGUGCUUGCGUUACCCGAAAAAAGUUUUCCCCCUAGAUCGUUUCGUUGUGCAACGUGGCAAAUAAAGUGAAACUCAGAGAGAAACGAACAAAAUAUAAAGAAGGAGGAGAAAAUACGCGGAGAGGAAGGAAGAAAAGGACGGAGAGAAAACGAUAUAUAUAUAUACAUAUAUAAACAUCGGCGUAACACAAAGAUAGAAAAAACGUCAGGGAGAGAGAGAGAGAGAGAGAGAAGCAGAAGAGCGGAAAAGGAAAGCGAAAGCAGCGAAUGAUCUCUCGAUCUCAACCAAAAAGGAAAGAUAAUGGGUUGAACCCUCGCAUCGUUUUUAUUUCGAAGCGGAAACCCGGGGAGAGAGAAAGAGAGAGAGAGAGAGAGAGAGAGAGAGGGAGAGAGCUAGAAGGGAAAAUAACGAUGUCGAUGAGAACAUGCCCUCGCACGAAGACGAUACCGAGCGUCUUUUCAAACAAUGCUGAACCCUGUCAAAGAUCGCGAUCCCACGGAUUUUCGCAGCCCUCGGGCAACCAGAUAGCUAACGAGAAAGGUCUUCUCUUCCUGUUGUGACACGGUGCCAGUGAAGUGCGGAUUUUUUUCCCCGUUCGUUCGUGCAACCGCUGCCAGGUGCUUCGUAGUUGUUUGCUUUCGCGUUGACACGGGAAAAAGGAUCGUUUAAAAACAAGAAGGAAAGAAAGAAAAAAAAAAAACAAAGGAAAAGAAAUUGAAUCUCGCGCGAUCAACAACCUUCUAUGAAUCCAAACACACACAUUUAGUGAUCCACAGUUCUUCGAAUUCGUUCAUUUAACAUUUUCAUCUCGAACGAACCACGUCUUUCAUUUUUCUCAUAUUUUCUUUCAGUCUCGCGUUUGUUCCGGUUUUAACCAGCCGCGAGUACCAUCAUCGAUCGUCUCCCCGAGUAAAGAGUAAAGAGCAGAGAGUAGCCUGUUGCUCGGCUAGUGGCAAACAACGCGCUGGAAUAGACGCAAAGAAGAUACAUGUACGUUGUAUGUAAUAAAUCCAUAUAAGUUUCUCUUGGAGCAUAUCAAGACGUAAAGUUGUUGAAUCGGUGAAAUUCGUGACGAGUCGGAUUGAACUUGCCGAUAAGGAUCGGGAGAAAAUAGAAACGUGUCACGGCGAGCGUAAUAAAGCAUCCGCGCGUAAUCGUAUCAGAUUGAAUAAUAGGCUGCUCAAGGCUACCGAAAAGCAUUGCCCCCGGCCGCCAGUGUCUGGAGAAUAACGAGAAUCGUAUGAACGGGAGCAACGCAUAAUGUGUUCGAAGGCGCUUUGAAGGAGAGAGAUUAACAGAUAAAACGCGCUCUCUGGCCAAGCCGUGGACGUGCCAAAAUUGUUCGUCAGUUGCCUGCGGACAGCUUCAUUGAGAAUCUGCCUGAGGAGUAACGGCCAGUGACCUCGGUUCAACCGCUCUCGAGAGCUCCGUUCGAGAGGAAUGCUUUCUCGAAACCGUAGCAUCGCGAAACCUGACGAUCUUCUUGCGAAAACGUCGUCCUUUUCGCCCUCUUCGUCUUUUUCGUCGUCUUCUUCGUCUUCCUCGUCAUCUCCGUGCCUGUCGUCGACGUUCCACCGUUGGUGAAUCGGUCCGCGAGAAAACGAGAUGUGCUCGACGAUCGUUCGCGCGUAAAGUUUCCAGGUAACACGCUGUUUGGAGGAAAGCCGAGCGAGUGGGAAUUUUAUCGAAGUUGGACCGACACUGCAUUCGACGACGAUCAAGGAAUUCGUAGAAACGCGAAGUGCCUCGUUCAGGUACUUUUCGCUUUUUUCGUUCUUUCUUUUUUCUUUUUUUUUUUUUUUUUUUUUUAUUGCGUGUGCUCGAGGGUUUGAACGAAAAGAUAUCGCGGGAAUAAAGAGCAUAGAUGUGUGUCGUUUCGCGGACUGUUCGUUCCGCCGGUGAUACACUAGUGAAUAUCCGGUGGGCACGAAGGUGACGCGCGAUUCGUGAAUCUCCUAAAGACCAUUUCGUCGCUGUGUUCCGUUUCUUCGUCGUGCGACGAAACUUGGAGUUCUGAACGCAGGAUAUAUGUUUAUAAAUCAGCAGUGACACCUUCUCGAUACGUUAAACGAGAAACAUCUUCGUACAAGGAUCGGUUCGAUUCUCAGUUCUUCACCGAUCUUAAGAACGGCGCUCUCGCGUCUAAUCCUUGAUCGAGAAUAAUAUUUCAUAGCGAUACCGUGAUACAGUGGUUACGUACUUGUGCGUACGAAGAAGGAAGAGGCAAAGAAUAAUUACAGAGACAUAUAGCAAGCAUAAAGAAAAAGGGGUCUCCAAUAAAUCUCGGCAUAGAAAAGUGAUGAACACCGAGCCGGACGCGAAUCGAGUCACGUAGCGAGUCGAGUACGCGAAUGGUGACCGCAGUUGGUACCGAGGUGCGCGAUCACCGACGUCAUUAUCACCAUUAUCUCUUCGUACAAUGGACGUUUUCAAAAUCGAUCAGUCGCUGAGCGCGGGUCUGGGUAGCGCCCCGGCGCCAGACACCCUUACACCGGAAGUGUCGUUCGACGCUGGUAGUGAAUUCAAUCUGAGCUUCUUCGACGGACCGGAGGAGAACAGCACCCAAGGCUUCAGCGAUCCCGGUUCCGUUGGUAGCGCCAGCGCAUCGCCUCCACCUGGAACACCAGCCAGCAUCCCUGUAAAUCCUCCGAACGCCGCCCUACCGAUUGUCCAAGUGCCCCCUGGCAUCGUCAUUAAGCAAGAGCAACAUUACGCGGCUGCCGAUUCGAACAGUUCGACGCCCGCGAAGAGUUUCGUGGCCUGUAGAGUUUGCGGUGACAAAGCGAGCGGUUAUCAUUACGGCGUAACCAGCUGCGAGGGCUGCAAAGGCUUCUUUAGAAGAAGCAUUCAAAAGCAAAUAGAAUACAGGUGCCUGAAGGACGGCAAUUGUUUGGUCAUCAGAAUAAGUCGGAAUCGCUGCCAAUACUGCAGAUUCAAGAAGUGCCUAGCUGUCGGCAUGUCCAGGGAUUCCGUUAGAUACGGCAGGGUGCCGAAACGUUCGAGGGAACGCGGCCCCGAAGACACAGUACCGACCACCACGUCAACGACCACUACCACCGGAGUGCAACAACUCACGUCCCCUGCUGGUGCUAACAAUAACAAUAAUAACACCAACAACAAUAACAACAACACCAGCAGCCAAAACAAUAACAACAACAGCCAAGCACAGAACGCUAUACCGUGUGUGCCGCCAGCUGCUGUGGUGGAGGCAGAUCAGUCAGACGCGGACGUGAAACAGUUGGCGGUUUACGACGUGAUACUUCAAGUUUCUCAGGCGCAUCACGCUCACUGUGGCUUCACCGAGGAAUCAACGAGGGGCAUCGUCCGGAAACCGAUGAUAAUACCGGCGAGUACUUCUUCGCAGCCCGCCAGUCCGGAGGACCCAGAGGCGGCAUCCUCGACAGCAGAAACAGUUGAAUCGCAAAGGAUCUGGCUUUGGCAACAAUUCGCCACUAGGAUAACGCCAUCGGUACAAAGGGUGGUGGAGUUUGCCAAAAGGGUGCCAGGAUUUUGUGAUCUUUCGCAGGACGAUCAAUUAAUUCUGAUUAAGGUCGGUUUCUUUGAAGUCUGGCUAAGCCAUAUCUCAAAGAUGACCACUGACAGUUCGAUGACAUUCGAGGAUGGUACUUAUAUCACUAGGCAACAAAUGGAAUUGAUGUACGAGCCAGACUUCGUGUCUGCUUUGAUGCAAUUCACUUCGGCCUUAAACGCCCAUCAACUAUCGGACACCGAAUUGGGCCUUUUCUCCGGCGCCGUUCUUCUGGGUGAAAGACCAGGUCUGAACGACGUGAAAACAGUGCAGAGGCUUCAGGAUCGUCUUUUGGAGGCGCUGAAAGUUCAAGCGUUACGGAAUCACACGGUUUCCGGCGAGGCUACUUCCGCGGGAGGUUGUUCCGGUGUCUCGAGCGUCUCACAAAGGAUACCAGAAUUAAGAACUCUGGGUGCCAGACAUGCGAAUCUGCUCGACUGGUUCAGGAGGAACUGGACCAAGCUCAAAUUGCCACCCCUGUUUGCCGAGAUAUUCGACAUUCCUAAGUGUGAAGAAGAUCUUCAGUGAAGAGAAUGUUUCAGAGUACAUCGAGUUAAUUCGACGAGAAUGAACGGCCCUGCCGGAAGAGUCUUUCUAAUUGCCGGUGUUCAUCGCACAAAUGCAGCUCGGACCUCGAGGACGAUUUGUUUUCGCUCGUUGGCGGUGACGUACAGCGGUACGAUGACGAGACGACGAUUCGAUUCGAACGAAAAAAAGAAAAAAAAGGAAGCGCAAAGACCGCUGCGAUCUGCCACCGAUAUGGCGACUCGAUCUUCGCCAUCAUCGAGAUCCAUCUUGUGCUCUUCACUUUGUUUCACUCGUACAGACUGGGAAGAUGGAUCGUUUGGCGAGGCGAAGGGUACAGAUUGCUGAUCAAAACACUCUUGACACGAUAUACGAAGAGAAAGAGAAAAUUUAUCCAAUUAACAGGAAUAGAACGAGCUAUACAAUGCGAACAAUCGACGAUUGGAUCGAUUACGUAUUGGACGAAGUAUAUAUAUAUAUAUAUACACAUAGGUGUGCGUAUAUGUGUGUGUGUAUAUAUAUAUAUAUAUAUACGACGAGUAAAUAACUUUUAAAAAGUUACUAGAUUUUGAAAAAGAAAAGUACUCUUUCUUUGAGAUAAUUAUAAAGAUAAGCCCUCCUUCGAUUGUUCUAAAUCGUGCAAGGGUGGGUAGAGAGUUCAAAAGGGGAUUUUCAAAUAGAAGGAAUUUGUAUCAUUCGCUAUACGUGUGCAAUAAGACGCACUACUCCAACGAAAGCAUUUUAAAUAAGUACAUAGUCAAGUCGGUGAGCAAGGGAAUCAAGUUUCGUAUCAUGUUGGUCUGGCGCAUAUCGUUGAUUGCAAUAAAGCGACGUAGUGAUGGAACACGCGUCGCAUCAAAAGGAUAGCACAAAAUCGUGAUCGCUUUACAAGGCACGUUUAUUAUUACGAUUUUAUCCAGUUAAGAUAAUUCUCAAGCGAAUUUUUCGGAACCUUGGCUAAUCGAGGAUCGUAUAAACGUUCAAAGUGCAGUCCGUGUGCAGCGAUCUGUCGAAAACAGUGAUCGAAAAUCUCACGAAUACAUACGAGUACAAGAUGCAACGUCGAACUUGUAAACAUAUCGAGAACAUAAUAUCAUAUUUUUUUCACGCAAUCGACUCUCAAAAAUACCGUUUCCAUCCCCCAGUGUGAAAACUGUGACUCAAUAGAUAGCUGCACGUUCACGCGAUCGCAAAAGAGAAUAAAUAUAGAAAUAAAUAUGGUGGUACGUACAUAUAAAUGAUACACGCAUGUUGCAACGUGGACGAAUGCAUGCGCGUACAAAACUGACACUUAGACACUUAAUAUACAUAUACAAAGUAAAAAGUUUCACGCUAUAUAAAAGCUCAAAAGGAAAUCUUUAUAGGACGUAUCUCUCUAGAUGCAUCCGCUACGAAUCUCAAUCUAUGCAAUCUCUAUUUUUAUUACUUGACAAGUAGUAUAGUGAAUUACCUUUAUGGAUAUUGUUGCGUCGCUUCAGGGUGUUCCGCGGAAAGUGAGAAUAACAUGCUCGAAGUUGUUCUUUCGUUAAGACUUCUAAAAUUCUCGGUGUAAGGAUUUUUAGUGAAUAAAUAUCUCGCGUACGUAACGAAAAGAAGAAACGAAGAAAAAUAAAAGUUAAAGAAUUGAACGUUGUGUAUAAUAAUAUAAUGUACUUGUUACGUUGAACUGUUGUAUUUGUUAUCGAUCCACGGCCGAAAAUCGUUUUCCGAUCGUUGACAAAAUCCUGAAGUGAGCAUGUUUGAAUCUUCGAACUCUUGAACGCUAAUAAUUCUCUGACAAUGACUAGCAUGUAACGUGUAUCGAUAUGUAAUUAAUAUACAUAUACAUAUGUAUAUAUACAGUGAUGGAUAAAAGAACAUCUAAGGAAUUAAAUCAUCAUAGUAAACGCUAUAAUUUAUUAAGGAGCAACUAUAUUUUAUAACACGGGUCACAGUAUAGUAUGAGAAUAUAUAUGAUCUGAAAAGGGAUGAAACAAAUAAUUAUACGUAUAGGGAUGAGAAAGGAUGUAUUUUAUUUGAAGAAAGCAAUAUUUUAAUCAAGAAAUGAAAGAUUCAUUAGACAAAGUAGUAUAAAUUUGAAUGCAACACUUUAUCAAUAUAUUUACGCCAAAUUUAAGAUUUAAUGUUUUCUUUAGAUUUUCUUCUGAUCUGAUUGAAUUUCUUAUUCCAUUAUCAACUUUAUAAUGUUCGUUCGUGGAUAAUUUAUGGAUUUACACUACUUUGUAAAAGAUAUUAUUAAUAGAUUUUCCUAUUAAGUCCUAUUAUAUGGAUACAACUUCACAAACGAAUGAAUAUCUACAUAUCAGAGAGAGGGAUUUUCAUAAAU